AUGGAGACGCUACCGAACCACCCGCUGAUAGAAUUAACAGAGGAUGACGUCACCAAAGCGAGGGAGUUCUACGGAAUCAAUGACGUCACCAGGAUAAGUCAAAGCCUCGAUUCCAUAAUGGAAUGGUGUCAGAAGCAAGAUCAUCUUGUAGAGGCUUCGAAAGCGUUGGAUCGUAAUAUCCUGGAGCGGAUAUUGAUCUUGUCCAGAGGAUCGGUGGAAGCCUCUAAGGCUAAAAUUGAUAAGCUGUUUACGUCCAGGGGAAUGAUGCCAGAUCUGGCCAUGAACAAGACGGUAGAGGAGUUCGAAGAAGUUUGGGACUACGCACUUUAUGUGCCGCUGCCGAAAUUGUGCAAGGUGGAUCAAUCCAGAGUUAUGGUGACACAGUUCUUAACUGAGAGACUGGAAAAUUUUAGUUUAUUGACAUAUUUCCGAUUCGCAUUUAUGGUCGGCGAAUACAGACUACACUACGAUUACUGCUUGGCUGAAAGAUAUAUUGUAGACCUAACUAAUGUUCAUAUUGGUCUAAUAACGAAGUUAAAUCCUUUAGUUGUGAAACAGGCGGAAGUUUUAUGUACGGAGGGAUUCGGCACCAAAAUAAAGGGUAUUCACCUUCUAAACGCACCACCGUUCGUAGACAAAAUAGUGUUUCUAAUAAAACAAGGGCUUAAAGAGAAGGUGGCGAGUCGUCUCCACGUGCACAGCUCGUAUGAAGACUUGCACAAACACGUGCCGAAAGAAAUUCUUCCAAAGGACUUUGACGGUGACGGACCCUGCUUAUCAAAACUAAGCGAUCAAUGGAAGGAAAAACUGAGGACGAAAGAAACAAGAGAAUUAAUAAAAAAUAUGGAUAAACUGGUGACGGACGAGUCCAGAAGAAGCUCAACUAAAUUCAAUGAAGAAUAUUUAGGCAUGCCAGGUUCUUUUAGGAAAUUGGCUGUGGAUUGA